AUGUCUGUGAACCUAUUCUCAUCUCCGCUGCUGCGCAGCGUCGCGAAUGUCAUGCCAUCAGCUUGUCGCUGGAGCUCGACGGCGGCCAUGAGCGCUUUCACGUCCCAACGAGCCACAUCUUCACAGACCUCAAAAGUCCAGCACCGACGCCGAUUACCGAACCGCUUGCGAUUCCUCGAGGACCAGAAGGCGCAAGGAGAGAGCCGAGCGCUAGAGAAGUUCCAGACUCGAGAGUGGAAGGCUGGUGAUAUCUACGCUCCUCACGAUCUUAGCCCGGCCGAGAUGAAGAAAUGGGGCAAGCGCAAGAGUCCCUCGACGGAUGCUUUCGAUGCCUUGAAUCUGAAUCCAUUGCACCUUUACAGAAACUUCUCCGUCAUGUCUGAGUACGUGUCUGCUCUGGGCCGCAUCCGACACCGAGACCAGACUGGUCUGCGACCUGUGAACCAGCGAAAGAUCGCCAAGGCCAUCCGCAGAGCCAUGGGCCUCGGCCUCAUGCCAUCUGUCCACCGACACCCCGAGAUCCUGGCCACGGAACUCCGCUCUAAGCUCGAGGGCGGCAAUUUCUAA